CAGUUUCUCAUUGCGGGAAGUCUUAUUCUUAUCUUCAUUCUCCUCUCUUCCUUCCUCUCUCUUUCUUUCGCCUUCUCAUAGCUCCCCUCUAUAUAUUAUGACCAGACAACUGUGCUGUUCAUAAUUGCUUAGUCGUAUUGAUUUAAAACUGUUAACAAAAGAAGAACACGAAACUCUCUCUCUGUGUCUUGUCUCUCUCUCUCUCUCUGUUUCUAUUACAUUAAAAAAAGACCAGAUUUUUGGGAAGGAAAGAGUCAUUUGGGCUUUCUCCUUUUUAAAUUCUAAUGGCGGAUCAAGUAAAGGAGAGGACUUUAGAGGAGACCUCUACGUGGGCAGUCGCUGUGGUUUGCUUCGUCUUGCUGUUCAUUUCCAUUGUCCUUGAACACUCCAUUCACAAAAUUGGAAGUUGGUUCAAACAGAAGCACAAGAAGGCUCUUUAUGAAGCUCUUGAAAAGGUCAAAGCAGAGCUUAUGCUGUUGGGAUUCAUAUCACUACUCCUAACAAUUGGACAAACACCAAUCUCAAACAUCUGCAUCUCCCAAAGCGUUGCAUCAUCAAUGCACCCUUGCAGCGCCGCACAAGAAGCUGAAAAAUACGGCAAGAAAGACUCCGGCAAAAAAGGAGGAGACGACGAUGAAAAACCCAGUCACAGACUUCUCCUUGAGUUAGCUGAGUCUUUUAUCCCUAGACGAAGUUUAGCCACCAAAGGUUAUGACAAAUGCGCUGAGAAGGGGAAAGUGGCUUUUGUAUCUGCCUAUGGAAUCCACCAGCUGCAUAUAUUCAUCUUCGUGCUCGCCGUGGUUCAUGUUAUCUACUGCAUUGUUACUUAUGCUCUUGGAAAGACCAAGAUGAGGAGGUGGAAGCAGUGGGAGAAUGAGACCAAGACUAUAGAGUAUCAGUACGCCAACGAUCCUGAGAGGUUCAGGUUUGCGAGGGACACAUCUUUUGGAAGAAGACAUCUCAAUUUCUGGAGCAAGACUAGCAUUACGCUAUGGACAGUGUGUUUUUUCAGACAGUUCCUUGGAUCUGUCACCAAAGUUGACUACUUAGCUUUGAGGCAUGGUUUCAUCACGGCGCAUUUUGCUCCAGGGAGUGAAAGAAGUUUUGAUUUCCGCAAGUAUAUUCAGAGAUCAUUAGAAGAAGACUUCAAAACUGUUGUUGAAAUCAGUCCAGUUAUCUGGUUUGUAGCCGUGCUAUUCCUCUUGACCAACACAAAUGGACUACGUUCUUACCUCUGGCUACCAUUCAUUCCACUAGUUGUGAUUCUAAUAGUUGGAACAAAGCUUCAAGUCAUUAUAACCAAAUUGGGUCUAAGAAUCCAAGAGAAAGGUGAUGUGGUGAGAGGCGCCCCAGUGGUUCAGCCUGGUGAUGAUCUCUUCUGGUUUGGCCGUCCUCGGUUCAUCCUUUUCCUAAUCCAUUUGGUUCUCUUCACGAACGCAUUUCAACUUGCCUUCUUUGCCUGGAGUACGUAUGAGUUCAAUCUCAAGAACUGUUUCCAUGAAAGCAAUGCAGAUGUGGUCAUUAGAAUUGUUGUUGGAGUUGUUGUACAGAUACUUUGCAGCUAUGUGACUCUUCCACUCUAUGCCCUUGUCACUCAGAUGGGUACUAAGAUGAAGCCAACGGUAUUCAACGAAAGAGUAGCCACAGCGUUAAAGAAGUGGCAUCACACAGCAAAGAAGCAGACAAAACAUGGAAGACACUCUGAGUCAACCACACCUUACUCUAGCCGUCCAACCACACCAACUCAUGGCUCAUCUCCAAUCCAUCUCCUUCACAACUUCAACCACCGAAGCGUUGAAAGUUUCCCGAACUCUCCUUCUCCUAGAUACUCUAGUCAUCAUGACGACCACCAGUUUUGGGAUCCUGAGUCUCAACGCCAAGAAGCUGGACCUUCCUCACAUCAUUCUCUUGCGCACGAAAGCUCGGAAAAGAAACCUGUUCUUGCGUCCGUGGAACUUCCUCCUAUACGGACUAGCAAAAGCUUGAAAGAUUUUUCCUUUAAGAGAUAGAUGAAUCUUGAUUACAUGUUUUUGAUUUUGUACUGUGACAAUUUUUUAUAUUAAAAGAAGUGCUUGUACAUUACUAAAUGUAUGUUACCUAAAACAUCUAUAAAGAAAAGAUAGAUGAUAUAUUCUCUACA